AUAGCAUGGAGGACGAGGAGGGGCCCAGAGAUCCCGGCGCUGAUCACCCCCACCUCCAGGGCUUCACUGAACACGACUUCCAAGGUCACCGAGCGCACUCCAUCUACGUUGGUGUUCACCUGCCUGGAAAGAGAAGGCAUCGAAGGCACCACAAACAUCACCACAAGCAGCAGCAACAGCACGAAGAACCUCCACAACCAAGUACCCCACCAGGGCAGAGAGUACAAUUUAUUCUUGGGGAAACUGGAGAAGAUCCAGAAAGAUGUUCUCAUCCAUUGUUUUCAGAGAUGGAAGAAUUGGUAUUAGGAGAAGGAGAUGUACCUGAAUGGAAAGAAACAGCAAGAUGGAUAAAGUUUGAAGAGGAUGUUGAAGAAGGUGGUGAUCGAUGGUCAAAACCUCAUGUUGCUACUCUUUCUUUACAUUCUCUCUUCGAGUUGCGCUCCCUACUCUUAAAUGGAACAGUUCUUCUUGAUAUGGAGGCAAAUUCAUUAGAAGAAGUUGCAGACCUAGUUCUAGACACCUUUAGCUCUUUAGAUACACAAGUGAAAGACAAGGUAAGAGAAGCCUUAUUAAGACGUCAUAGGCAUCAGCAUGAACGUCGCAAAGAGACAAAUAUGUCAAGACUGCCGAUUAUUAGAUCAUUAGCCGAAAUAGGCAGAAAUCAUUCUUGUACAAGAAUGGAGGAGGUGAGCUGUGCAAGAAACGAAGUUGGCAGGUUCCUCAGCAUACCAUCUACCACUGGAAGUUCAAUAGAAGCAGGUCACAUGACAAACAGUCCAAGUACUGCCUCAAUGUCAAGAAACCAUAGUACAGGAGACCUUACCCAAGAUCAUAAGGGUAAUUUGCAUUUCAUGAGAAAAGUACCUCCUGGCGCCGAAGCUUCUAAUAUUCUAGUUGGAGAAGUUGACUUUUUAGAUCGUCCUUUAUCAGCAUUUGUGCGUCUUAGAAAAGCCGUUUUCUUUGCUGAUCUAACAGAAGUUCCUGUUCCUACUAGAUUUCUUUUCUUCCUUUUAGGUCCAACUGGCGGAAUAUCAAGUUUUCAUGAAAUCGGUCGUGCAAUGGCAACACUUAUGUCUGAUGAAGUUUUCCAUGAAGUAGCAUAUAGAGCUAGAUCUCGUAAUCACCUCCUAGCAGCAUUGGACGAGUUCCUUGAUGCAGUAACUGUGCUUCCACCCGGAGAAUGGGAUCCAGCUAUUAGGAUAGAGCCACCUGCUGCCAUUCCGUCUCAGGAAAUGCGAAGAAGACCUCCUGAAAAAGGCAAGGAAGAAAUUGAUAUUGAAAAAGAAGAACAAAAAAGGAGAGAGGAAUCAGGACUGACUCGUAGUGGAAGGCUGUUUGGUGGUCUUAUUAAUGAUAUUAAGAGAAAAGCACCUUGGUACUUGUCUGACUUCAAGGAUGCAAUCGCUGUUCAAUGUGUUGCUUCAUGGAUUUUUUUAUAUUUUGCCUGUCUUUCGCCCAUUAUUACUUUUGGAGGACUCUUAUCUGAAGCAACAGGAAAAAAUAUGGCUGCAAUGGAAUCAUUGGUAUCAGGUUUUGUUUGUGGUGUUGGUUAUGGCCUAUUCUCAGGACAACCAUUAACAAUUCUUGGAUCAACUGGACCAGUGCUUGUUUUCGAAACAAUAGUCUAUGAAUUUUGCCAAGAAAGAGGCUGGGAUUAUAUGAGUUUCCGAUUAUGGAUAGGCAUUUGGAUUGCUAUUAUCCUAUUUAUCCUUGUGGCCAUAGAUGCCAGUGCACUUGUCUGCUAUAUUACAAGAUUUACUGAAGAAAAUUUUGCAACACUUAUUGCUUUCAUUUUCAUUAUCAAAGCCAUUGAAAAUGUGCUGCAAAUUGGAAAAAAAUAUCCUAUGAACUUAUACGGAACAUCAAAUAUAUCUCUUUGUGAAUGCUAUGAAAUUGGAGAAAAUCUCAGUUUGCCUCUUGAAGAAUGUUUGAAUAAUAAAGGCAUGUUCAUAGGGGAUGGAUGUCCUUUCAUUUAUGUUCCUGACGUUUUCCUGAUGUCUGUUAUUUUAUUUUUUGGAACUUUCCUCAUUUCAAUUCACCUCAAAGAUUUCAAAAAUGCCUCUUUCUUUCCAGCCAAGGUGAGGCAGUUCAUCAGUGACUUUGCUGUCAUCAUUGCCAUUUUUUCAAUGACAUUGUUAGAUGCUAAAAUGGAUAUUCCAACCCCAAAAUUAGAGGUUCCUAGUGAGUUCAAACCAACCCUUCCAGGACGAGGAUGGCUCAUCAAUCCAUUCAAAAAUCCAUUAUGGACAGCCCCUGUUGCAAUUCUUCCUGCAUUGUUGGGAACCAUUCUGAUCUUUAUGGACCAACAAAUCACUGCUGUAAUUGUUAAUAGAAAGGAAAACAAACUAAAGAAAGGCUGUGGUUAUCAUUUAGAUCUAUUUAUUUUGGCCAUAUUGAUUGUUGGUUGCUCUGUAAUGGGACUUCCAUGGUUUGUAGCUGCUACUGUUCUCUCUAUAAAUCAUGUGAAUUCCCUAAAAUUGGAAUCUGAAUGUGCUGCCCCUGGAGAAAAACCACAAUUUCUUGGUGUUAGAGAGCAAAGAGUUACGCAUAUUUUGAUAUUUCUUAUGAUUGGUUUGUCAGUUCUUAUUACCCCACUCCUUAGGAAUAUUCCAAUGCCAGUUUUGUUUGGAGUUUUUCUUUACAUGGGAGUUGCCUCAUUAAAAGGUCUACAGUUUUUUGACAGAAUCCUAAUAAUGCUAAUGCCUGCAAAAUACCAACCUGAUUUCAUGUUCCUUAGACAGGUACCUCUCAAAAGGGUUCAUAUAUUUACAACUAUUCAGUUAGCUUGCCUUAUACUUCUUUGGCUUAUUAAAUCUUUUUCACAAACAUCAAUACUGUUUCCUCUUAUGUUAGUUGUCAUGAUAGGCAUCAGGAAAAGUUUAGAUUUUGUAUUUACUCAGAGAGAAUUGAAAAUUCUUGAUGAUGUUAUGCCUGAAACUACCAAGAGAGAAGAAGACCAAGAAGAGCUCAGCAACACUGAAGAAAAAGAAUUUCCAAGAGAUGAUAAUCUACAGAUUCCAUUAGCAAAUGGUAACAUAAUUAGAAUUCCUCUUGCUUCUAUAAAUAUAUCAGAGGAAAUGAAUAAAACUGGGAUAUGGAAACAAGUUAAUAAUGGAAAACAAGAAAAAAAGAAAAGUCCUGGAAGAUCUAUGUUAAAAGCAAUUAGACGUGGAACUAAGAAAGAUGCAAUGAAUGAAGAAGAAAAGACUAGGCUUUCUGCAAUGGAAGAGGAAGAGGAAGGGGAUCAACCUAUCAUGAUUAAGAUUGAAUCUGGAGAAACAAAAAUAAGACCACUUUCACUGGCAGGGAAUGGCACACAAGUUUAG